UCACACCUGCACACAGGGUUUCGGGUAAGAGCAGGUGGAGGCUGGUCUGCAGCUCUCCACUAUUAUUAUUUAUUGGAUUUCCUUAGUGGUGGAAGCCAAUGGAACAUCAGUGCAAAGGAUUAUAGAGAGGAUUCCUGCAAUACCAACAGAUGCUGCUCCACAAGGCCUGGCUCCUGCUGUUUAGCCUGAGCGCUUUUUGUCCAGUAUUUGCAAGCCUGGACAGAGAUAAUGUCCUUUUUAGAGGAAACCAACCAAAAAACAAGGCUCUGCGGAUCAGAAGAACUGAAUUUAAGCAGAAUGCUUCCUAUUUGGAAGAGGCUGAGAAAGAACAAGGAUAUUAUCUCAGGCAACUGUUUCAUCUGUAUGGCAAGAAUGAUACGUUAACUUAUGAGGGACUUACUUUACUGCUAAAGAACCUGGGACUUGGUGAAGUGCAGGUAAUAGAGAUACAACACAGAGAAGUGGGACAUGACCACGUGUCCCAUCUGGAUAUCCUUGAUGUUCAAGAAAACAAACACAGGCAUGUGCACUCCUCCUCGGAUCAUCUGUCUGACCUCCCGAGCCCAGAGGAAGCCAAAUAUAGUAACAGGAGUGUAAAUGGCAGCUCAGAUAAAUCACAAAAGAUCAAUCCAGUAAGAAGAGAGCCUGAACCCAGACAAAACACUGUGCAUAAUGGGAAAACAGUAAAUGGGAACCACCUGCAAACACAAUGGCAACCCAGAGACAUCCUGCAGCACUUGUUGUAUCUUCAUCAAUCGGAGAACAUCCACCAGCAUGAAGAUUGCCUCAAUGUAACACAGCUGCUCCUGAACUUUGGGCUUGGUUGGGUGUCGGAGAUCACACCUCAGCAUUUUACAUUACUGUGUCCAGCACUGCUUUACCAGAUUGACAGCCGAGUGUGCAUCCAUCACAGUGAUCACCUGUCCACUCAGUCCACAUACUCCCAGCAGUCAUUGCCUAAAGUCCUUGGUUGGGGGGCACUUGCUGUCACAGUCAUCAGUGCCCCUUCACUCGUGGCUGUAGCCUUUGUACCACUUCUCAGACGCCCUCUCUUCCGGUACCUACUCAAGUUCCUGGUAGCCUUAGCUGCAGGGACUCUCUGCGGUGACGCUUUACUGCAUCUGCUUCCACACGCACAGGAGGAUCCUUCAGAGGAUGGACAACACAAUGGAUCCCACUCAUUGGACCCUGUCUUGAAAGGCUUGUGUGUGCUUGGUGGUAUCUAUUUACUCUUCCUUAUUGAAAAUCUGAUGGGUUUACUGAGACAGAGGAGGAAAAGUAAGAAGAAACGUACUCGGAUUAAAACCCAAGCCCAGGAUGAAGGCUGCACUACCGUGCUUUGGGAACUUGGACACCAUGUUGGCCCUGAGUUUUGUGAGGCAACAAAGCCAGCUGAUGCCUGUGAAGAGAGCCAUGAGGAGCAGGUGGAUGUACCAGAGAGCAGUGGUCAGAUGACGCAUUCACAUCAUGGACAUUCCCACGGUGCGUCAGGCGGAGGCAUCGCAGAGUUUGUGUGGAUGGUUCUUCUUGGAGAUGGAAUACAUAACUUUACAGAUGGCUUGGCAAUAGGUGCUGCCUUUUCAGCUAGUUUCUCUGGUGGCCUCAGCACCACAGUUGCUGUAUUCUGCCAUGAAUUGCCUCAUGAACUUGGUGAUUUUGCAGUCCUGCUUCAAACUGGUGUACAGAUGAGGAGGGUCUUACUUUUCAGCCUGAUGUCGGCAUUUCUCUCUUAUCUGGGCAUGAUGGUGGGAGCCAUCGCCAGCCUGAGCUCAAGUCAAGUCACUCCCUGGAUAUUUGCAGCCACUGCUGGAAUCUUUUUAUAUGUGGCACUUGUAGAUAUGCUUCCCCAAAUGCUGCAUCGUGAGGACUUAACCCUCUCCCAAGGAAGAGACUGCAUUCUCCACAGCACUGGUUUCCUGUUAGGAUGUGGCAUAAUGCUGUGCAUCGCUUUGUUCCAGGACCAGAUGGCGUUUCUACACUUUUAGAAAACUAAUGAAGAAAUUGUAAUUCUUCAUCUCCAUGUUUGGUACUGAAAAGCUGUAGUAACCUCAGGUAGACUCUGAAGACUUUUACACACUCCAAAAGGGGUUCAACGAUUUCCACAGAAAUAGUAUUUUUACUACAAAGAUUUCAAAGAAUGUCCUAAAGUGCCAACAAGACACCAACAAUUCCAAGGACCGGCAGCCGGUUCAGCAUUCUUGCUACUACCCAUUCACCACUAGCUCUUUACAAUGUGCAGCGCAGCUUUUGUACGUAACUAUGAACGAAUACGGCACAACUGUGUUAUACAGUCUCAAUAAGACGUUACAAUUCACUAUGUAAAAA